UACCGGUUUACAUGGUUAAUGCAGAAGGAAGGACUUCUCUUGUUAUCUGUUUAUGGUGUGCACUUGUCGGUGAAAGUCAAAGCUCACUCACUGACUCGUUACACAUUUGCUUCGUGCACGGUUUGUGUUAGAAACAUUUCGCUAACUUACAGGAAGAAACCGUUGCCCUGCAGAAACGUUGCUAUAUGUGUUGCAGUCCAAGAUCUGGUCUGAGGAUUACUGAAGAUGGGAACAGCUUUGAUUUAUGACGAGGAGAUGACCAAAUACAAACUCCUCUGGGUCGACCCAGCAUGUAAAGUCGAGGUACCGGAGCGUCUGACAGUGAGUCAUGAAGCUUUGAUAAAGACCGGUCUUGCUGAUCGCUGUGUCUCUGUGCCUGUCCGUGAGGCGACGGAUGAAGACAUCCUGCUGGUUCACAGUGAGGAGUACUUGGAGGCGGUGAAGAAGACCCCCUAUAUGACUCUGGAGGACCUAAAGGAGUUCACCCUGCAGUACGGUGACGUCUACUUCCACCCAAACAUCUAUCACUGUGCCAAGCUGGCUGCAGGCGCCGCACUGCAACUAGUGGACAGUGUUAUGACGGGGAAGGUGAGGAACGGCAUGGCCCUCGUCAGACCACCAGGACACCACAGUAUGCGCAGUGCUGCCAAUGGAUUCUGUGUCUUCAAUAAUGUGGCCAUAGCUGCUCGAUAUGCCAAGCAGAAAUAUGGAGUUAAAAGGGUGUUGAUAGUGGACUGGGAUAUACAUCAUGGUCAAGGGGUGCAGUACUGUUUUGAAGAUGAUCCAAGUGUGCUCUACUUCUCAUGGCACCGCUACGAGCAUCAGAAAUUCUGGCCCAAUCUCAGAGAAUCAGACUACGACAGUGUUGGCAAAGAGAAAGGCGCAGGAUUCAAUGUAAAUGUACCGUGGAACAAAGUGGGAAUGAAGAACAGUGAUUAUCUUUCAGUCUUCUGUCACGUCCUUCUGCCAGUCGCAUACGAGUUUAGCCCAGACCUGGUCCUGGUGUGUGCAGGCUUUGACUCAGCCAUUGGUGACCCAGAGGGUCAAAUGUGUGCCAGUCCAGACGUCUUUGCCCACCUCACCCACCUCCUGAUGAACCUUGCAGGAGGGAAACUGUGUGCUGUGCUGGAGGGUGGAUACAACCUGACUUCCCUCCCCCAGUCUGUGUGUCAAACAGUGCAGACGUUGCUCGGAGAUCCUGCGCCUCGACCUGCAAACCUCGAUGGUCCCUGUACGAGUACACUUGAGUCUCUUCACUGUGUCCGAUCAGCUCACAGGAAGUACUGGUCCUGCCUCAAACAUGCAGCUGAGCUACCUGCCUCUGAAAUCAGCACGAAGCGCAUGAAAUUAGCAGAAGAAGAAGAAAAGGUGGAGACGAGAGAAGAGGAGAAACACGCAGAGGAAAAGGUGUGGCCAGAGCCGCUGAAACGUGUCUCUCCUCCUGUCCGCACUGCUUUAAUCCUUCCUGAUGGCGUGGCUUGCCCUGAUGGAUGUGAACGCUUCAGCUCAUUAGAGGACCCGGUCAUAGUCAGCAAACUCAGGGAGAAUUUCCUCAAAGAAGAUGACAGCGAUGCUCUUACAACCCUCUCUGGCCUCAUCGCCCUCGUAGAGAAGAUGCAGAAGAACGAGAUCCGCAACGGCUUGGCCCUGGUCCAUGAUGUCUCCAUGGCGAUGAUGUGUGUUACCCAGCAUGCUGCAGCUGCUCUCAGUAACCGGGUUCUGAUCGUGUGUGUUGGAGAUGCAGAGGUCCCGCGUCAUGGCACAGAGGAUGGGAAAACACUCCUGGUGCAGUUCAGCAACAAGGAGUCAGAGAAACAGACAUGCAAAUAUCACAUUCCUGUGUGUCUGAAGAAGGGCUGCAGUGAUGUGUCGGGGUUCACACAGGCAGUGUUGGGUCUCCUUCUGCCUCUGGGAUAUGAGUAUGACCCCAGUCUGGUUCUGUUGGUUCGGACGCCAGAUAGCGGGCUGUGUGACGGUGUGUGGCAACAACUAACAGGCCUGCUGCAGGGCCUCGCACAAGGACACACACUGGUGCUCCUGCAGGAAGGUGAGAUGGCAUUUGUCAGCCCCACAGCCUCUUCUCUCCUCGGUGACGCUGCCCCCUCUGUGGGGCAGCUUCAUUCUCCUCUAGCAGAGGACGUGGAGGCGCUGGAGAGACUGAGACACAAACUGCAGAUGGACUGGAAGCUACUGCAGACGACAGCACCAGAAGGAGGAGGUGAUCAGCACUGAAGCAGAUGCUGCUUUUUUUUGUAAAGAACAUCAAUCAAACGUCAUGAUACAGUUUUUUUUUCCACAAUAUGUUUAUUGUCAAUUUUUUUUUUCUUAGAACAACCCAACAGUAAAACAUAACAUAACAGUAAUAUUAACAAUACAAGUUAGGACUACACAUAUUCACAUUACCCAGACACACAUACUCUCACACACACACACACCCUCAUCCCCUUGCACCUAUCUAAAGUAAAAUAUAAAUAAAAUAAAAUAAAUAUUUUCCAUCAUCAUUUACAAUUUUCUUUCAGGUAGAACCCACCUUUCCAUCUUUAAUUAUAUUCAUAUAUGGUUCCCAAAGCUUAACAAAGUCUUUCCGUUUGCCCUUAGCAAUGUAAGUUAGUCUUUCCAGACCAAUACAUUGCGAUAGUUCCUUUAUCCACAUCCGUAGUGAUGGUGCUUCCAUGCUCUUCCAACACAGCGCAAUAGCCCUCCUGGCCUGGAGAAGUCCAAAGUCCAAUAGUUUAGUCUGCUUCAAGGUCCGUUUAAAGUUCUUCGGAUAUAUUCCAAGCAAACAGAGCCCGGCAUUUAAAGGGACUUUGGUGUUAAACAAGUCUGACAAACAUUUUAAAACAUCCUUCCAAAAAUCCUGGAUCUUUAGACAUUCCCAUUGACAGUGAAACAGAGUACCUUUCUCAGUCAAGCAUUUAGAACACACAUCAGGAAUAUUAGCAGACAUAUGAUGAAGCCUGACAGGGGUUAUAUACAUCCUCAUAAGCCACUUAUAUUGGAGUAAUUUCAACCUUGUAUUUAUUGUCUGUGUUUGUGCUUUUAAACAAGCAUCAUUCCAAUCCGUCUCAUCAAUAUCCUCCUUAAUAUCCAGCUUCCAAGCGUUUAGUUUAUCGCGUGCUGAUUCAGGACUAUUUGCAACCAAUAUGUUGUAAUAUCUAGAUACAUGUCCUUUCCCUCCUAAAUUUACAAGUGUAACUUCCUCAAGUUUUGAUAAGGGUGGUAUACACAUUAUCUGUUAGGUUUUUUUUGACAUAUAACUUUUUAACUGCAAAUAUUUGAAGAAGUGUUUUUUUGGAAUUUGAUAUCUCAAACACAGCUGAUCAAAGGAAAGUAAAACUCUAUCUUUGUAAAGAUCCAUCAUUUUCUGAAUGCCUUUCAUAUUCCAUGACGUAAAUCCUCCAUCUUUCUUACCGGGUGUGAACUGUGCAUUACCCCAGAUAGGCGUGAAUUGAGACAGUGCUGGCAUGUCACCCACAUGCUUAUGUGCAGCAUGCCAUAUUGAAAUUGUAUUUUUGAGAAAAGGAUUUUUUGUGUGCUUUUUUAAUGGUCAUGAUACAGUUUUGUAUUUUUAUGCCAGGUUUUAUUGUCCAAAUGAUGCUUUUAUCAUUCACACUGUGUCCUAAAAUAAACAGUAUUUUUCAA